ACGCACACGCACAAAAGACGACAACAAAACAAAAAUAAAUAAUUUAGCCAAAAGGGAAAACGCAAGACGCGCUCAAGCUGUGGAGCGGGGGGCAAGAAGGCAGCAGGUGGGCCCCAAAAGGACAACAAUUUUAAACAAACUGGACACGUCAUUAGCGGCAAGAGCAGCAGCAGCAACAACAACAACAACAACACAAUAAUAAUAAUAACAACAACAAAAUGUAUUGCCUGCAAUGUCUGCUACCUGUGCUCCUUAUACCAAAGCCAACAAAUCCAGCUCUUAUGGAGACUCAUGUUAUGUUUAUUGUGUUAUAUUUAGUUGGAUUUUUCCUGGAGCGGAAGCCGUGCACGAUUUGCAGUUUGGUAUUCCUAACGGCUGUCUCUCUCAUCUGUUACAGCGGCGUGGGAAAUUGCAUCUUUUGGGGCAACUGUGAGGGGCAUCAGUGUGAGAAUGGCUAAGAAGCCCCCCUCCCACAACAGAAAUAUAAAGAUCUAGAUAUAUAUAUAUAUAUAUAUAUAUCUAUAUAUACACACACAUAUAGAAAUAUAUAUCUAUAGCAAAAUGCUCUAUAGCUUACAAAAUACAUAAAUAGUCAACGAAAAAAAAAAUAAUAAUAAUAAUGAAAA